AUGAGCUUCCCGCGGCCCCUGCGCCGCUCCGUGAGCCUCAGCCCGGCCCGCACCCUGCGCCUCGUCGUGCUGGGACAGAGCGCCGUGGGCAAGACAGCGUUGACUGUCCGAUUCAUCACCAGGAGAUUCAUUGGAGACUACGACCCAACCCUAGAAAUGAUCUACAGGCACGUGGCUGUCAUCGAUGGGGAGAUGGUGCACUUCGAGAUCCUGGACACGGCUGGACAGGAGGAGGACUCCCUGCAGAUCGAGGAGAAGAUCAAGUGGGGCGAUGGCUUUGCCGUGGUGUACUCGGUGACGGACCGCUGCAGCUUCGACGAGGUGAUGCGGCUCUGCUUCCUCAUCAACCACCUGCACGCCAGCCCCAAGCGCAGCGCCGCCGAGCAGCCCCCCGUCGUCAUCGUGGGCAACAAGAAGGACCUGCAGUUCGACAGGAUGGUGUCCACCGAGGACGGGGAGAACCUCUCCAAAGCCCUCAAGAUUCCCUUCUACGAGAUCUCCACGCGGGACAGCUACGAGGAGCCGGUGGCCGUGUUCAGCAGCCUCUACCAGGAGCUGCUCAGGCAGGGGCACUUCUCCCCCGGCUCCUUCAAGAGGAGGACAGUGUCCAAACUCAUGGAGAAGAUUCCCAAGAUGCAAGCCAGCUCCACCCUGAACUCUGCAGGCAGAAGCCUCAGCUUUAACUCCUUCAGGGACUACAUUCCCGAGUGAGCAGCCCGGGAUGGGGGCGGCUGCUGGGGCUGUGCCGGCUCUCUGCAGGGGAAGGUCAGCAGUGGAGAGGGUGGCACUGGGGCUUUGGUACAC